CAUACCUAUUCCCACUGUGAUCUGCUUCCUGUGUGGACCAUGCCUGGGUGGAGCUGCCUGGUGACUGGGGCAGGAGGGUUUCUGGGCCAGAGGAUCAUCCACAUGUUGGUGCUGGAGAAAGAGCUGCAGGAGGUCAGAGCCCUGGACAAAGUCUUCAGACCAGAAACAAGGGAGGAAUUCUGUAGUACCCAGAACCUGUUGGAGGCCUGUGUCCAGGCUUGUGUGCCAGCCUUCAUCUACACCAGCACAAUUGAAGUUGCGGGGCCCAACUCCUACAAGGACAUCGUCCUAAAUGGCAAUGAGGAAGAGCAACAUGAAACUACAUGGUCUCAUUCAUACCCAUACAGCAAAAAGAUGGCUGAGAAGGCAGUGCUGGCAGCCAAUGGAUCCACCCUGAAAAAUGGUGACACUUUCCACACUUGUGCCUUAAGGCCUAUGUACAUCUAUGGGGAGAAAAGUCCAUUCAUUUCUAACACAAUGAUCAGAGCCCUCCAAAAUAAUGGUAUUCUGGGUAUUACUGGAAAAUUUUCCACAGUUAACCCAGUGUAUGUGAGUAAUGUGGCCUGGGCACACAUUCUGGCUGCCAGGGGCCUACAAGACCCCAAGAAGUCACCAAUCAUCCAAGGGCAGUUCUACUACAUCUCAGAUGACACCCCUCACCAAAGCUAUGAUGAUUUAAAUUAUGCCUUGAGCAAGAAAUGGGGCUUCCGCCCUGAUUCCAGUUGGAGGCCUCCUCUGCCCCUGCUGUACUGGCUUGCCUUUCUCCAGGAAACUGUGAGCUUCCUGCUGCGUCCAAUCUACAAUUACCAGCCUCCCUUUACCCGCCAUUUGGUGGCACUCUCAAAUAGCGUGUACACUUUCUCCUACAAGAAAGCUCAGCGAGAUCUGGGCUAUGAACCCCCUGUCAGCUGGGAGGAAGCCAGGGAAAAAACUUCAGAGUGGAUUGGGUCACUAGUGGAGCAGCACAAGGGGACACUGAACAUAAACACUCAGUGAUGUAAUGAUGGCAGUGACAAUGGCAGGGGCAUGGCCCUGGGUGCUGUCAGGAAAUAGUUGUCAGGUUCUCUAGAAGGGACAUAGGCACAACCCAGGUCCUACUGCCUCCCUUUGACACAGAGACCAACUUAGUGUCUUCCUCAAGACACCAGCAGCUUUGCCAGUCCCUGGUCCAGCCACAGGCUUUCUUCCCUCAACACUUGCCCGGUAACAUGCAGCUGUGCCUCAGCUGCUGUGACCUGUGACUUCAGGCUUCAGCCAUUGCAAUUUCCUGUCACGUAGAGUUCAGUAUUGCUUUUCUUUGCACUCUCAAUUUCUGUAUCACAUCCUGCCUUU